AUGCGUCUGACAGUUCCUCUUGUCGUUGUUUUUCUUCUUGUGUAUUUGUCGUAUUUUCACGUGCAUUUUUUUGCGGGUGUGGCGUAUGCGUCAAAUGUGGCAAAUGACGGGGAGCGUCCCAGCCGUGUGGUGGAGCUGACAGAUGAGACAUUUGACAGCAUCGUGAUGGAUCCGGAGAAGGACGUCUUUGUGCUGUACUACGUGCCGUGGUCGCGGCACAGCGUGGCGGCAAUGAGGCUCUGGGACGACCUUUCCAUGAGUCAGUCACAGAAACGCAACUACUUGACAUUUGUGGCUGCGAGAAUUGACGGUGAAAAGUACCCGGAUGUGAUUGAACGCAUGCGAGUGAGCGGCUUUCCCACGAUGCGGUACUACACACGGAUUGACAAGCAGGAGCCGUUUGAGUACAGCGGCCAACGAUAUCUCAGUCUUGUUGACAGUUUUGUUUUUCAGAACACAUGA